AUGGUGAGUUUUAUCGUCUUUGGUGCUUCGGGUCAUUUAGCCCAUCAAAAAACCUUUCCAGCUCUCUUCAAUCUCUUCGCCAAAAACUACGUCGAGCGUCAGUCCUUUUACGUUAUAGGCUAUGCUAGAAGUAAACUAUCCGAACCCGAUUUUCGAAACUCUCUAAAGGAUUACAUCAAGCCAGAACAGGAACAAGCAAAAGUUUACGAUGAAUUCAUCAACCGUGUUACCUACUUUACCGGACAAUAUGACCAGGAAGACUCUUUCAAGGAGUUUAGUAAAUACCUAGGAAACUUGGAAAAGAACACCGAUCAAGCCAAAGGCCUUCGUGUCUUUUAUUUGGCCUUGCCUCCCUCUGCUUAUGUUUCUGUUGGUAACUUCAUCCACGACCAUGUCUAUCUUCCAAAUGGAAAAACCAGAAUGAUCAUCGAAAAACCAUUCGGUAAGGACUACGAUUCUUCAAUUCAACUUAAAAAGGAUUUGCACAAAAAAUGGAACGAGGACGAAAUCUACCGCAUUGAUCAUUACUUAGCCAAAGAUAUGAUCAUCAAUUUGCCCACUCUUCGCUUCGCCAACCCUCACAGCCUUGACGCCUUGCUCAACAAUCAACACAUCAAAUCUGUAAACAUUUCCAUGUGGGAAAGCGGCGGUUGUGAUGGUCGUGUUGGAUACUACGACAUCAAUGGUGUUGUUCGAGAUGUUCUACAAAACCACAUGGCUCAAGUCUUCACCGUCGCUGCCAUGGAUGAACCCAAAUCCGGAAGUCCUGAUGAUGUUCGCUACGAAAAGGUCAAAGUUUUGAAAGCAACAUCACAUGCGACUCUGAAAGACACUCUCUUGGGCCAAUAUGUAGCCGGUAACGGCAAGGGUGGUUAUAAAGAUUUGGAAGGAGUUCCAAAGGAAAGUAAAGCUACUACUUAUGUCGCUACUACCCUUUUUGUAGACAACGAACGCUGGAAGGGCGUUCCUUUUGUUUUUGACUCUGGUAAAAGCUUGGAGCAAGGAAGAGUCGAAAUCAGAUACUACUUGAAAGGUAAAGAGUCUGGUAUAUUCUCAGAUACUGAUCAAGACCAUUACAUUUCUUUUUCUGUUCAGCCAAAUCAGGAAGUCGUUUUGACUGCUUUCGCAAACAAGCCUAUGAGCUCAGCUCGUACUUGUGUCAAUGCUGCUUUGAACUUGAAUUUCAAAGAACAAUUUGCCGAAGAAAUGAAACAGAAACGGGAUGCAUAUGAGAUUUUGUUUGAGGACGCUAUCAAAGGUGAUCCUACAAAGUUUGUCCGUGACGACGAGGUCGAGUAUGCUUGGCGCAUUUUUGACGAAAUUUUAGAUUCCCCUAACGAGCCCUUACCUUACGCUGCCGGUAGCACCGGUCCUAAAGAAGCUGAAGAGUACCUGAAAUCGCACUUGAAGCUUAUACAGUAA